AUGGUUAAGUUGCUUGUUUGCUUUGUUAUCAUACUCAGCUUAUUGGCACCAGGAUCCCUGAAAUUUACAUUGGCCCUGGGGAACGAAACUGACAGAAUAGCUUUGCUUUCUGUAAAGGAUCAGCUGGUUGGUGCAGGAGCAGGACCUCUCCAUUCAUGGAAUGCUUCUCUCCACUUCUGUGAGUGGCAAGGUGUUACAUGUGGCCGUCGCCACCAGAGGGUCACUGCUCUGGACUUGGAUGGUUUGAAACUAGCUGGGUCCUUAUCUCCUUCAAUUGGUAAUUUAACCUUCCUCAGAAGACUUAAUUUGUCUGAUAAUAGAUUGCAAGGUAAUAUACCCAAAGAAGUUGGCUACCUAAGGCAGCUGCGUGUUUUUGAUCUGUUUCAAAAUAAUCUCCAUGGCAGAAUCCCUGUAGAGCUUGCUAAUUGCUCAAACCUCCAACGGAUUCAUAUAACGGAUAAUAAUCUCACUGGUGAAGUUCCUUUCGAGUUGGGCGAUUUGUCGAAACUCAUCAGACUCUCCUUGGCUGCCAACAAUUUAGUUGGGGGCAUUGCAUCUUCUUUAGGAAACCUUUCAUCAUUGUGGCAUUUGUCGGUUUCUUAUAAUCAUUUGGAGGGAAAUAUCCCUGAUGCUCUGGGCAAGGCUUUAAACUUGAGAAAUCUUUUUCUCGGUGGCAACAACCUGGCUGGUACUCUUCCUCUCUCAUUUCACAAUCUUUCUUCCUUGGAAAUGAUUAACUUGGCUUUGAACAAUUUCUCAGGAAGUCUUGCAGCUAUGUUUGACAUCUCUGUGAAUGGUAUUAACGGAUCUGUUCCUAACGAUUUGGGAAACCUUAAGAAUCUCCAAGAGUUCAAGAUUGGUGGCAACUACUUUGGAAAUGGGAAAAUAGGAGACCUAGAUUUUCUUUCUUCUUUGAGCAAUUGUAGCCUAUUAAAAUAUUUGGAUCUAGAACUGAAUCAAUUAGGUGGCCUGUUGCCAGAAUCCAUAGGUAAUUUAUCAAUUCAGCUCAACAUGCUUUAUAUCGGGUGGAAUCAGAUCUCGGGAGAUAUUCCUGAAGGGAUUGGUAAUCUUGUCAACCUAAUUGUUAUGGAUAUGAGGAGAAAUGCCCUGGUGGGCACCCUUCCAACUUCUAUUGGGAAGCUUCCAAAUCUUGAAAGAUUGCUUCUUGGUUGGAAUAACUUUUUAGGUGAAAUCCCAUCCUUCAUUGGCAACCUCUCUCGAUUGUUUGAUCUUGUUUUAUUUGGUAACAAUUUUGUAGGAAGAAUUCCACUUGCCCUUAGAAAUUGCAAAAAUAUGCAAAGCUUGUUUCUUGCCGAAAAUAAACUUACAGGUAGUAUACCAGAUCAAUUAUUUAGUGCUUUUAAAAGUUUAAUUGUGGUUAACAUAUCUUACAACUCAUUGACUGGUCCCCUUCCAUCAGAUUUUGGUAAUCUAGUGUACCUGGUAGGAUUAUUUGUUUAUGAAAAUAAAUUGUCUGGUGAAAUUCCAAAAACACUUGGCGAGUGUUCUGGAUUAAGGUCACUUGAUAUGGCUGGAAACUUCUUCCAAGGUAGCAUUCCCUUUUCUUUUGGCUCUUUGAAAUCUCUUGAAAUUUUAAAUCUUUCCCGCAAUAACCUGUCUGGCACCAUACCACAUGAGCUUGAAAAACUUCCAUUUUUAAGCAGUUUGAACCUUUCUUUUAAUCACUUGGAGGGUGAAGUUCCAAAAGGAGGGGUUUUUAAUAAAUCUAGUGGAUUUUUAGUUGUGGGGAACAAAAAUCUCUGUGGAGGGAUACCUGAAAUAAAGCUCCCAAAAUGCUUUAAUCAGGAGCCAAGGAAAAAGGGGACUGCUUUGUCGAUCAAAGCCAUCAUUGGUAUGAUCCUUGGCAUUCUAAUUGCCUCUAUUUUGGUCGUGCUUCUUUUCGUUCGUUGCUGCAGACAUAGGUCUGGAAAGAAGCUUAUCCCUGUUGCUUUGUUUGGUGAUGGCUACUUGCGGGUAUCCUACAAAGAGCUUCUACAAGCAACUGGUGGUUUUGCAUCUUCCAACUCGAUUGGUGUGGGAAGUUUUGGCUCUGUGUACAAAGGAGUUCUUCAUCAGCAAGAGAAACCUGUUGCAGUGAAGGUACUGAACCUUCAAAACCGUGGCGCUGCAAAGAGCUUCACGGCUGAAUGCAAGGCUUUGAGGAAAGUUCGACAUCGGAAUCUUCUCAAAAUUAUAACUUCCUGCUCGAGCAUUGAUUACCAAGGCAAUGAUUUCAAGGCUUUAGUUUUCGAAUUCAUCCCUAAUGGUAGUUUGGACAGUUGGCUUCAUGAGCAACAUGAGUCAAGGUAUUUGAACUUUGUUCAAAGGUUAGACAUAGCCAUAGAUGUAGCCAAUGCAAUAGAGUACCUUCAUCACAAUUGCGAGGCGGUAAUUGUCCACUGUGAUCUGAAGCCUACCAAUGUUCUUCUUGAUGAUGACAUGGUUGCACAUGUUAGUGAUUUUGGAUUGGCUAAGCUCCUGUCUAGCGACACAAACAACAUGGGUAAUGAUCAAACUGGUUCUUCAAUGAUGAAAGGAACGAUUGGUUAUGUUCCCCCAGAAUAUGGCAUGGGCGGGACAGUGUCCCCAGAAGGUGAUAUCUACAGCUAUGGGAUUCUGCUCUUAGAGAUGAUCACCGGAAGGAGACCAACGGAUGGUAUGUUUUAUGGCGGCUUAAGCCUUCACAAUUUUUGCAAGAUGGCACUGCCUGAACGUUUGAAGGAGAUUCUCGAUUUUCGCUUGCUCGCACAACUUAGUGAAAACAACGAGGGAUCAAGAAGUCAGCCGAACAGGGAAAGAGAGAUGUUGGAGAGUUUGGUUUCUUUCACUAAAAUAGGAGUUGCAUGCUCUACAGAAGCACCUGGUGAAAGAAUGGGAAUCAAAGAUUCUAUUACACAACUACUUGCAAUCAAGGCAAGGUUGCUUCGCACUGGAAUCCAUAGAAGGGAGCGGAGAUAGGCAGCAGCAGCUGGUGAAUCGGAAGCAAACUUCUACUCAAUGUUCUGUAUCAAUAAUGGAUAUUUGAACUUUGUUUUGCCUUUCUUAGAAUCGUUUCAACUAGGAUUGUCUGCUGUGAUUUCAAAAGACUUGGCUUUGGAAAGUGAAAUUUACAUUUGUGGUGUGAAAUUGAUA